AUGGCGGCACCUCUCGGACGGGACACCCUCCCUGACCACUGGUCCUAUGGAGUUUGUAGAGACGGCCGGGUCUUCUUUAUUAAUGAUAAAACUCACAGCACUACUUGGCUGCAUCCACGCACGGGUGAACCUGUUAACUCGGGCCACAUGAUACGUUCAGAUUUGCCAAGAGGAUGGGAGGAGGGCUUCACGGACGAAGGAGCCAGCUACUUCAUCAACCACAAUCUGAGGGCUACAUCAUUUCGACACCCUGUGACCGGACAGAUAUCCCCUGAAAACACAGAAUAUACACUACAAGACAGGAUAGAAGCCCGUAUGUCCAGGUCAGCAGCCAAUCAGAGAUCCCCGAGCAUGGUCACAGAGCCCUCAAAGGCUGUGACUUCAGCAGCAGUGGAUGUCACAUCAGGGUCAAAGGGCUGCAGAGGAACAGGAAAAGUGCACAGUUUUGGCAAGAGGGAUCAUUCUAUUAAAAGGAACCUCAAUAUCCCAGUGGUGGUGAGAGGCUGGCUCUACAAACAGGACAGCUCUGGAAUGCGACUGUGGAAAAGGAAGUGGUUUGUUUUGUCAGACUACUGCUUGUUUUACUACAAAGACAGCAGAGAGGAGACGGUGCUCGGUAGCAUCCCUCUGCCCAGUUACGUCAUUGCACCGGUUGAGCCUGAUGACCACAUAAACCGCAAAUACGCUUUCAAGGCGAGCCAUACAGGAAUGCGCUCCUACAUUUACAAUAAGAACUCUGUGAUUGGCUCACAGGCAGAACACUGCGGGAUGCGGACAUAUUUCUUCAGUGCGGACACACAGGAGGACAUGAAUGGCUGGAUCCGGGCCAUGAACCAGGCUGCGCUGAUGCAGCAGAGUCACACUAUAAAGAGAGAGGUGGAGAAUCCAAAGAAGGCUCUGCAGCAGGCUGUCCCACAGACCAACCAUGUCCACAUCAACCAGAUCUCAUCUCAAUCAGAAAGCCUUUGCAGGACAGACAGAGAGGAGCCCCCGGAUAACGGUAUCCAACAGGCUCAUAGAGACGAGGUGAGGUAUGGAUUAGAGAUCCAAGGGAUGCCCAGCCAGUCAGCGGCUGAGGAAAGAGGAGAGAGACUCUCUCCAGACUCUGUUGAUGACGCCACCCACAAGAACGGACAGCAAACUGUAAUCCAAGUGACUCUGCCACCAGAACAUAAUGGAAAUGUCGUCUAUCAGAGGGGCUUUGUUUCACGCAUAGACCCUGAGAAACAUGUGCAGAGGAAAAAUACGCUGGCACAGGUGGAGCAGUGGGUCAAAGUUCAAAAAGGGGACCCACCAAAGAGUUCUCCCUCUGCUGAGUACAACCUCCCUCGGCGGACUCCUCCAUUAAAGCCCAAAGCCAGCACAGUGGAUGCCAGCUAUCAGUCGUUGCCAAAGUCUCCCCGUCUCCCGUCGGGCAGCGCAUCUCCUCCAGCAACGUGCAAAUUGCCUAGUGACUACAAGUACGCCCAUGACCGGCUCAGCCACUUCCGAAUGUCCACCGACGAGCGCAUGGCCACCAAGGAGGGGAUGGUGUGGCAGCUGUACGAGUGGCAGCAGCGGCAGCAGUUCCGUCACGGCAGCCCCACCGCUCCGAUCUACACUGGUCCCAACUUCACAGACUCCUCAUCUUUUAGAGUUACUGUGGAGAUGCCACGAUCCAUCUCUGUCCCACCGUCCCCGUGUGAGGUCCCACCGUCAGUCCCCUCCUCUUUCAAACCCUUGUCCCCUCGCCGGCCACACACUCCUUCAGACAGACGCACAGUCAGGCCCCUGGAUGAGGUGGCCCCUGGGGACAGCACAAGAUCCAGCUCCCCCGGCCAUAUUUGUGCCCAUCUUUCUCAGGCUUCCCAAAUAGAGAGAAGGUCCAUGCCAGCCAUGGGCUACAUCACACACACUGUCAGUGCACCCAGCUUACAUGGCAAAACGGCUGAUGAUACUUACAUACAACUGAAGAAGGACCUGGAGUAUCUAGAUCUGAAGGUGGGCCCCAACAAAGUUACUGGACGUGAGAGUUUAAAAACAGAAAGACCAUCCAGGCCUGUGAAAAUAGCAGAAAGUGAUGCUGAUGUGAAAUUAAGUCGACUGUGUGAACAAGACAAGAUUCUACAGGAGCUAGAGGCCAGGAUACGCUCUUUGAAGGAGGACAAGGACAAGCUGGAGUUGGUGCUGGAUGUUUCCCACCAGCAGAUGGAGCAGUACAGAGAUCAGCCGGCCCAUGCUGAGAAGAUUGCCUAUCAGCAGAAAUUACUACAAGAGGAUGUGGUGCACAUCAGGGCUGAGAUAUCUCAAGUAUCCACAGAGAUGGAGAACGCGUGGAAUGAGUACAGCCGACUGGAGAGAGAUGUGGACCGGCUGAAGGCGGCCCUGCAGGGACAGAUGAACUGCAGCGAUCUCUCUCAGCAAGAUAAAGUCCAGAUCAGAAAAGAGCUGUGGAGGAUUGAGGAUGUUAUCGCAGGCCUCAGCACCAGUAAAGCUUACUACAAAGUCACUAUCUCCUCUGUUACCAACCCAGAGAGGAAAUUUGUGCCUUCAGUGUCGGCGUCAUCAGUGCCUUCUGUGUCUGGGAGCCCGUCUGCUAUGGAGAUGAGAUUGUCCCAGCAGCAGCAGCACAGCCCCCACCUCAGCCCCAGUAGCCACACCCCCACCCUUUCCUCCAGCCCCAGCAAGCAACCCUUACAUCACUGGGUGGAUUCAACCAUCACCAGUGGGCUUAAAUGGGGUGAGGAAGAUGUGCCUCCCAGACCUCCUCUACCUCAGCUUUACAGUCCUGAUGAGCAUCCCCCUGCUGUCCCGUUGCCCCGGGAGACAACGGUCAUCAGACACACUUCUGUACGCGGCCUCAAACGGCAGUCAGAUGAACGCAAAAGGGACAGAGAGAUUGGCCAGUACACUAAUGGAGACAGUAAGGUGGAGCUUAGGCCUUUCCUGAGUGAUCCAGAGCUUAUGGGAGCUGGAGAUGGCUCCAGUCACAUCAGUAUAGUAGCAUCUGGCCAUGACGGUUACCAGACAUUACCUAGCAGAGGAGUGGCUGGCUCCUCGCUUAGGUUAAAUCAGUCCUCGAGCAUCUCCUCGUAUGUGACCCUCCGAAGAGCAGCCUCAGCUGCCGGCAUGAAGGAGAGACCAAAAAGUGCCUUGGAGCGUCUGUACUCUGGGGACCCGGUGCAGCAGCAGAGGGGGAAGAUGAGUGCCGAUGAACAGCUGGAGAGGAUGAAGAGGCACCAGAAGGCCCUCGUCCGCCAGCGCAAACGCACCCUGAGCCACGGAGACCGCCACGCCUCUUCCUCGACGCGCACCUCUUCUUCCUCCUCACGCCCGCUUUCAGCAGACUUGGGAUCAUGGAAGAGAGAGCAGGAGUUUGACCUGCAGUUGCUGGAGAGGGCUGUUCAAGGGGAGGAGGCACAGGGAGUUAGGAGCGUUCAGGGUGAGGAAACACCUCCCGAGCACAAAGAGAGGCCGCGCUCCCGCUCUGACGAAUGGCUGACCCUGCGCUGCACAGCCACAACACCUCCAGCCAACGAGGUCGACCUGGAACCACUAGAAUAUGACCUGGACCUUAACAAAGAGCUUUCGAAGCCUCAGAAAGUAUUAAUCCCGGAGCGCUAUGUGGAUUCAGAGCCUGAGGAGCCUCUCAGUCCGCAGGAGGUGGAGGAUCGUCAUCGUAAGGUGGAGCGCAUCAAGAGCAUCUUGGCAAAGUCCAGUGUGCAAAACCUAGCACCCACGGUGACUGUGGACAAGCCAGAGGUUGGGCUUGUGGCACUCGACUCAGCACUGCAGGAGCAGGAGAGGAUCAUCACCAUGUCCUAUGCACUCGCCUCGGAGGCUUCGCUCAAGAGCAAACUAGUCACAGCUCAAGCAAUUUCUGGACACUGAGGUGCUAUUCCACAAUGACAACAAACAAUUGCAUUCUGCAAGAAAAGAGGAUUUUUUGGGACAUUUACGUCUCUCCAUACAGCAGUAAAAGAACUGUAGUAAACAUAUGACAUACUUGCUGAGGCUCAAGAAACAUUGAGUUGUUAACUCUAGUUGCUGAAAGCAUCAAGAAAACUGAGGACUUUUCAAUGGGAGCUGCUGUGCUAAUUAACUAUGGAAGCGUCUAACAAAUGUUUAUCUCAUAAUAAUAUUUUCUACAUGUUAUUGCACUUUGAAUUGUACACUGUAUCAUGUUUUCAAGGUAUGACUGAAUGGCUAUUACUUGCAACGUGAUCGCAACUGAGAACUUGUUUUGUUUUUUGUCAGGUACAUAAUGUUAAGAACAAGAGGUACUAAAUGUGUCAUGAUGGUAGUAUUUUUGUCAAAACUCAGAUAAUAUUCUUACACCAAACCACUUGAAAAAUCAUAUGUAUGUACCUGUAGCACUGCCAGUCUCCUUUUAGCUUGCCAAAAUGAAUUUUAUUUUUGCUUACAUCAGGAUGAAAAUAACCUUUAACAUAUUUUCUGUGUGACUGGGGAAGGUUGCACAAUGAAAAUUUAUAAAAAAAAAAGAAAAGAAAAAUAAAGUGAAUAUUAAAGAUAUUAACACCUUAUAAUUUUCACGCAUAUGGAUGUUUUUUUGUUUUUUUUGUUAAUGUGUUGCAAUAGGCU